AUGACCAGUUUCCUAAAUAAUCAAAAAUGUGAAUGCUGUGGUGCUGCAUUGUGGCUUCCUGAAUAUAAAAAGGACUUGUAUCUGCCAUGCUUGCAAUGGCCCUCUUACACAAGUGGUUUUUGGCUUGGUAAAAUUCCUGAUGAGCUUGCCUGCUUAACUUACGUUGAACAGCUGCUCAUAUCAUGUGUUCGCCACAAUCGCUGUAUAAUCAAAGUAGCCUCUGGACGGUACAAGAUGCAUGCAAAUGCAAUAACUUUCCAAAAUCCUGUUGCAAAGAUUUAUGACACUCUUCCUCCUCCUCUUGAAGAACUUGAUGAAGUCUUGGCUGUUAUGUUUACUGGACCUUGUCAACCUACCAAAAAAGACCUUCAACGUACACCAUUGCUGGUCCGUCAAAAGCAGAUUUCAAAAGCACUUGAGUGGUUAAAAUUGAACCAUUCUGACUACUUUGACAUCGGAAUAUCACAGGAGAAUUUGAGCCAGUACCCUUUGAGUGAUGCACCAGUUGUAAUUGACUAUCGUCAAUCAAUAAUAAAUAGGGAGCGAGAGGCUACAAGUGUUCAUGAUAAUGAAGAAGAGAUAGGUACCGAAGAGGGUCCUUGUACUUUUGUAGUUCAAGGGCUGACUGGAGAAGAGUAUUCUACCAUGUCUUUGGAGGCAAUAAAGGCUCGAGCACUGAAGCAUUUGACAUCUAACAAAAAAAUCAUGUUUGCAGGCCAUUCGAGGUCUUAUCAGUGCCCCCCUAAUUCCUGCAGGAAUCUGGUCAUUCCUGCGGAUUCCGGUGGAUUCCGGAGGAAUGAAAUUUGGCAGGGAGGCCUGCUAUUUUUGUCAUUCCGGUGCCUUACCAUUCCGGCGGAAUUUGGGCAUUCCGGAAUUGACACCGGAAUGUUCCGCAGGACUGACAGGAAUGGAAUGGAACGGAAUCCGGUCCUUUGUUUGUUUAUUUUACUUCUGUUACCAAACAACGGCAACGUUACCAAACAAAUGCAAUACCCUUUCCUUUCCACCCACCACCAACCACAUUGA